AUGUCGGUCGCUUCCAAGAACCUGUUCGAUCUGCUCGGCAACGACGUGGAGGAUAACACCGCUCCCGCCGCCCCUGCUAAGAUCGUCGAGAAGACCUCGACCCACACUACUAAGCGCAACACCGAUGGCGUCGCUCCCACCAAGGCCCCCGCUCAGGGCUCUGGCCGUCGCCAGAACGUGACCUCCGGCAACGAGGCCGCUUUCCGCGACCGCACCGCCGGCAGCGAUCGCAACCGUGGCAAGCCCACUGAGGAGGGUGCUGCUCGUCCCCCCCGCGGCGGUGCUAAUGCCCGCGUCCGCGGUGGUCGCGGUGGCCGUCGCCCCCCUCCCGGCGACGACCGCCACUCCAAGUCCAUCCCCUCCGGCUCCGAGAAGCAGGCUGCCCUGUCCUGGGGCGCCACCGAGGGCCAGGCCGAGCUGAAGGAUGAGCAGGCCGCCGAGGAGAUCGCCAAGUCUGAGCAGAAGGAGGCCACCACCGAGGGUGAGGCCGCCGCUGAGCCUACCCCCGAGGAGGAAGAGGAUAAGCACGUCUCCUACGCCGAGUACCUCGUCCAGCAGGCCGAGAAGAAGGCCGCUCUCGAGGCUGAGGCCGCCCUCAAGGUCCGCAAGGCCAACGAGGGUGUCGUUGAGAACAAGAAGUGGGCCAACGCCGUGCCCCUCAAGAAGGAUGAGACCGAGGAGUUCAUUGCUGGCUCCGCCGGCAAGAAGCAGCGCGAGCGUGAGCGCAAGGUCAAGCAGGUCGUCGAGAUCGACCAGCGUUUCGUCGAGCCCGAGCGUCCUGCUCGUGGUGGUGCCCGCGGCGGCCGCGGUGGUCCCCGUGGUGAUGCCGGCCGUGGCCGUGGCGGUCCUCGUGGCGCUCCCCGUGGCGCUCCCCGUGGUGCUGCCCGUGGCGGUGCCCCCCGCUCCGAGAACAAGGCUGCUCCCAUCAACCCCAACGAUGAGUCUGCCUUCCCCAGCCUCGGCAACUAA